AUGGCGCCCACCGAUACGACACCCACGGCAGCUGACACAACAGUCGUCGGCGAUGUCGAGAAUGCAUCUACUGCUAAGGUCUCUGAAAUCGGCUCCGAUAUCCAAGCCAUAAGCGAGUGGCAAGCACCGCAGUAUCAAGAGCAUCCCAAAACCGACGAGAUUGUCAAGCAGGUUGAGUACUACCUCUCGGAUGAGAACCUUCCCUCGGACAAAUACCUUCUCGACAAGACUGGUGGCCAUGAGAACAAGCCAGUCUCUAUCAAGAGCAUUUGCGGAUUCCCCAAGAUGCGUCAAUACAAGCCCUACAGAUCCGUCGUGGAGUCUUUGAGAAAGAGUACACUGCUUGAAGUUGUUGACGACAAGUUCAUCAAGCGUAGACAGCCGCUCACCAUCAAGCCGAUUGUGUCCCCUGAGGAGAUCAAGGUGGCCAUGGAAGAAGAUCAAAAGAAAAAGGGCAAUGUGCCUCCUGCCAACCAGCCCUGGAUGACCAAGGGAAUGAUGAAACCUACAGGUUUUGAGGAGUUCUUCGCAGACGCGCCCGUCACCCCUGCUGCAUUUGAGGAAGAGCAGUCUCUUUAUGACAGGCGUAUUGAGACGGCAAUCCAACGCUACCGCGCUCGUCGCAAGUUCCACCAACAUACUGCUCAGGUCUUCAACAAGUUCAUGAACUAUGGCGGCAUCGAGUCCGGACCCAAGAUGUUCGGCGGUAGCGACAACAAAGACCUGGCCGAAAAAGACGCUGCGGAAAUCGCCGCUUUGACCGCCAUACAUUUCGUCUGCGAGGAUGUUCUAAGCUCCGACAGAUGGGAGGUCGACUUCGUGGGCGUCGCAAAGGGUUUCUUCUCUUGUCACAUCAUGACCGAACUCGAGAGCAGCACCGGACACGCAGACAUCUCAAGAGCGACCAAUAUCGUACGCAACUUCUACAACUAUCUGCUGCACCACAAUGUCUGCCCAGAGUUCACGGAUCAAAUCCAUGCUGCACGCAAGAUUUGCGACCUCGCAGACGUGGAGCUCUUCAACGUGAUCGUCGUCAGUGAAAGGCUCCCAGGCUCGUUCAAUACAGCCGUCUCAGCCACCCACGGUGGUACUGUUGCGGGGGUGUAUUCCGACGACCAGGGCUGGGAAGAUGUUGGCAAAAUCGACCGCACUCUUCAGCAUUGCCGAGACACUGUCAAGUUUGCCCUCUCUGCCUAUGGUUCUCAGGAGCAGUACGAGAGAGUCGCUGAUGUUGAAAAGUUCGAAACUGUCUACAAGGAACAGAUUAGCCUGGAGGUAACCAAGGUCGAAAUGGCCGAUGAGGCAACACGUGCACUGUACGCUACUGCUCGGGAGAAGAAGCCCUUUUUGGCUGCACUCGGCAAGCUUCAUUGUCGCCGCUGGACUUAUCCGUUGGCACCCACGUUCAGCCACUCUGAGGAGGCAAUCAAGAGACAACAAACCGAGCACAGCAUGGUUCUUUGGAUCGAGGAUGACAUCCUCCAGUACUGCUCAGUAGGUAUGAAGAUUGAGGGUGAAGUGCGCGAGCUAGACAUUGGCAUCAAAUGGUUGGAUAGCGUUCGUGCGAUCAGUCCUUCGUUCUUUGAAUGGCUCCCCAAUGAGCUCUAUCGUAAGCAAAAGGCCCUCAAGAACGAGGAGGAAGCACAGCAGACGAACGACCAGGUCAAUCUGGAGGGCUCUGACGGCUCCAGCGAGAUGACUGGCUCACAGAUCGAGGACGCUUGAGCGACAUCUGGUUCAACGAGCGAAUGCAAGACCGGGGAAACAGUAACGAUGCUUAGCUUGCCAUGGAGAGGGAGAUCAAUCCAUAGUUUCAUAGCAGUUUCAUAGCAAUGAAGCCUCUUUGACUGCC